UACAAAUCAGAGACGGUAUGUGUUUUAGUCCGUUUGUGACAUCGUUCAAAAAGUAAACACCCCCUACGCUGAUGGUAUGACCCGAAAUACAGAGUCAUAUGACUGACUCAAUUUAAACGCCUGACUGACACACGCCACAUCGUUUUCGGUUGUCUUUUCGCUGCUUUUUGCCACACAAAACUGACACAAUGCCGACGAUGUGUGGAGGAACUUCCCCGCCAGUGGAUGCUGAUGAAAAAAUUCAGAAGCUUUGUGAUCACGUGAAGGCCAGUGCAGAGGCAAAAGCAGGGAAGACGUAUGAAGUUUUCACAGCAAAGAGCUACACAAGGCAGGUAGUGGCCGGGACCAACUACUUCAUCAAGGUCCAUGUGGGAGGAGACCAACAUGUUCACCUCCGCGUUUACGAAAAACUCCCAUGUUACGGAGGAGACAUAGAGCUGAGUGAUAUGCAGCACUCAAAGACCCACCAAGACCCUAUUGAGUACUUUUAAUGAGAUCCUAAACCAAACAAAGCAUCAGUGCCUACAGGCUGUCCUCUCAUUAUAAACAGUUCUGAUCAAAUUAUUUUUUUUAAUCCUAUAAAACAAUGCUAUAUGCAGUUCCCUUUCCCAACAUGUUUGACCAGAAUUUGUCAUACUGUAGAUCAUGCUGAAAUGUGUAAAAAUGGAACUUUUACAAGCUGAAUAAAUUAAUCGGAUUGGUUGUGGUAU